UCGUGCCAGUGUUUAGUUUACUUGCUUAGGAUAGCUGUAUUUUGUGACAGCAGUUCAGAAUAUAAUCUUAUUGUUUUGUUUGAGUACAUUGUGUUUUUCUUCUCGCAGAAAGUCGGUUUAUGCAUUGCUGAAUCCACAAAGUCAACAAAUAUUUCCUCUUUCGGGGAUAACAGUCCAGUCAACCAGCUAGGUAGCGUCAAGUCACCAUGACAAAAGAGGACGACAAAGUGAUCCCAGUCAGAGUUGCGCUUCGGUGUCGGCCACUGAUUCCCAAGGAAGUUAGCGAGGGAUGUCAGCGCUGCCUCACAUUUGUGCCCGGGGAGCCUCAGGUGGUGGUUGGCAACGAUAAAGCGUUCACUUAUGACUAUGUAUUUGAUCCAACGACGGAACAAGAGGAGGUGUUUAACACUGCUGUUUCGCCUUUAAUGGGUGGACUCUUCAAAGGUUAUAAUGCCACUGUGCUAGCCUACGGCCAGACAGGCUCAGGGAAGACUUUCUCUAUGGGUGGCACGUAUACAUCAGACCAAGAGAAUGAGCCUACUGUUGGGGUUAUCCCUCGAGUUGUCAGGAAGAUAUAUCAGGAGAAAGCUAAGAGGACAGACACUGAAUUCUUCAUUUCUGUCUCUUAUCUUGAGAUUUACAAUGAAGAGAUAUUGGACCUGUUGUGUAUCUCAAAGGAAAAACCAGUUAUUAGUAUCAGGGAAGACCCAAAGGAUGGCAUCAAAAUUGUAGGCCUAAUGGAGAAGGACGUGUCCAAUGCCAUGGAGAUGGUGGGCUGUCUGGAGCUGGGCAACUGCGCGCGCACUGUGGCCUCCACGGCCAUGAACGCUGCCUCGUCGCGCUCGCACGCCAUCUUCACCGUCAUCCUGGAGCAGCGGCGUGGGGCUGACAAGAGUGACACGGUGAUCUCCAAACUGCACCUGGUAGACCUUGCCGGGUCUGAGAGGCAGAAGAAAACCAAGGCAGAGGGCGAUCGACUCAAGGAGGGCAUCAGCAUCAACAAAGGCCUGCUGUCUUUGGGCAAUGUAAUCAGUGCCCUCGGUGAUGAGAGCAAGAAGGGCACCUUUGUGCCUUACAGAGACUCCAAGCUGACACGUCUACUUCAGGACUCCCUGGGUGGGAACAGCCACACACUAAUGAUCGCGUGCGUUAGUCCUGCCGACUCCAACAUCGAGGAGACGAUCAACACACUGCGCUAUGCGGACCGCGCCCGUAAGAUCAAGAACAAGCCCAUCCUCAAUGUGGACCCGCGUGCCGCUGAACUGAAGCGGCUCAAACAGCAGGUGCAAGAGCUUCAGGUGAUGCUGCUGCAUGCUCGGGGAGGAGUCGCUCCUGUCCUCUCAGGGUCUGAGCCGGCCGAGAACGUGGCCAAGAUCUUGGAGCACAACCGCAGUCUGAAGGAGGAGAACAGCAAGCUGAGCCGUGAGCUCAGCGAGGCUGUGGGCCAGACUGCCCUCAUGUGUGAGAGGGUCAUCGUGACAGAACAAGCCAACGAGAAACUGCAGAGCAAGCUGGAGGAGCUGAAGCAGCACUCUGCGUGCAAAGUGGACCUUCAGAAGGUGGUGGAGACCCUGGAAGACCAGGAGCUGAAGGAGAACGUGGAGGUCAUCCGGACUCUCCAGCACCUCAUCCUGGAGCUGCAAAGCGAGAGCGCAGGGAUCGCAGCCACCAUAGACGCCAUGACCUCGGGUAAUUCCCUGACCGCGGAGGCAGAGACGGAAGGCACCACCACAGGCUCAGAGACCGGCAGCCCAGCCAGCGGCUCACCUAUGGCCAACGGCAGUGACGCACAAACCAAAGACUCCCCUGAGGCCUUCACUACCCAGCAUGCUCUCCGGCAGGCUCAACUGUCCAAGGAGCUGAUUGAACUCAAUAAGGUCCUUGCAUUGAAGGAAGCCUUUGUCAAGAAAAUGUGCCAGAAUGACAGUCACUUGGAGCCCAUACAAACAGAACAUCAGGAGAACAUCAGGAGCCUGCAGGCUGAGGUGGGGACCCUACAGAAGGAGAAGGAGGAUCUGAUUCUGACCCUGCACACGGCUAAGAAAGACGUCAAUCAGGCAAAGCUAAGUGAACAGCGCAGGAAGCGGCUCCAGGAGCUGGAGGGUCAGAUGUCCGAGCUGAAAAAGAAGCUUCAGGAACAGUCCAAACUGCUCAAGCUCAAAGAGUCAUCGGUGCGCAGCGUAGCCAAGCUCAACCAGGAGAUCCAGGCUAUGAAGGCCCAGCGGGUGCAGCUGAUGAGACAGAUGAAGGAGGACUCUGAGAAGUUCCGCCUCUGGAAGCAGAAGAAGGAUAAAGAAGUUUUGCAGCUCAAAGAGAAGGAUCGUAAACGGCAGUAUGAGAUGCUGAAGCUUGAAAGAGAUUUCCAGAAACAGGCCAACGUGCUGCGCCGCAAGACAGAGGAGGCUGCUGCGGCCAACAAGCGCUUGAAGGACGCCCUUCAGAAGAGGAGCGAGGUGGCCGAGAAGCGGAAGGACGUGCAGCACAGAGGCAUGGAGGGGGUGGCCAGCCGGGUCAAGGCGUGGCUGCUGAAUGAGGUGGAAGUGCUGGUGAGCACGGAGGAGGCCCGCCGGCACCUGCAGGACCUGCUGGAGGACAGGAAGAUCCUGGCUGAGGAGAUCUCACAGCUCCGGCAGCAGAUGGAGUCCGGGGAGAGACCUGCAGCUAAAGUCCGGCGUCGCACUCUGACCAUCUCUGAGCUGGAGGGCAAGGCUGACUUGGAGGCCUCCAUCAGCAAACAGGUGGAGAACUUGGAGACUGAGAUGGACCUCAGGAGUGCUCAAAUAGCUGACCUGCAGCAGAAGGUUCUGGAUGCUGACAAUGAGGGACGUGUGAAACAGCGCUGGGACUCCAUCACCACACUUGUGGAGGCCAAGAGUGCCUUGAAAAUCCUCAUGACUGAGGUCAUAACUUCCAAGACGGCAAAUGCCAAGCUGGAGAGUGAGCUGAAGCAAGAGCGCGCCAACCACAUGGACCUGCAGAAGGUGCUGUGUGACGAGCGGAAGCUCAUGUCCACCAUGGACAUGGAGCACCAGAGCCACCUGGUGGAGCUGGAACAGAGGCACCAGGAGAAGGUGCUCUAUCUCCUCAGCCAGCUCCAGAGCAAGCCUGCGGGAGAGGAGCAGGACCAGGACAAGAAUGAGCUGUCCAAGAGGGAGCGGGAGCUGCGGCAGCGCCUGAAGUUCCAGGAGGAAGAGAUUAAGAAGAUGCAAGAGCUUGCUGAGCAAAACCAGAAACUCUCAGAAGAAAAUGAACAGUACAAACAGAAAUUACUUCUGGCUCAGCUGACCAUCUCAAAGAAAGCAAAUUCGGCUCCCGCUGUUUCCCGAGACACAUCGUUUGAAUAUGUCCCUCCGAAGCCCAAAGCCAAAAGAUUCUCCACAGCACGAGUCCCUCUGCAGGACCCCACCAUUGACCUGGAUGAACUGGUAUCCUCAUCGGAGUCCGAGAAGGAGGAGGACGAGUGGCGUCCAGACAAGAAUAGGAAAAGCCGUCGAGGCUCCAAGAAAUCCAAACUGACUGGGUGUGCAUGUAAGGGGCGCUGCAUCAAUAAACUGUGCAGCUGUCGGAAGGGGAAGAUGACCUGCGGAGAGAACUGUCUUUGUGACCAUGAUAAGUGUCGCAAUAUGGAGAGCCCUGGCAGUGUGCUUCAGGAUGUCACUGAAGUAAAUGUAUCUGGAGAUUCGGUUCCUAUUCCUGAAGACCCCACUGCUGUAAGCCCUCGAGAUGCCACCUUCUUCAGGCCACCUUGUGUUCCACCAACUAAAAAGGAGAUUGGCGAUAUGAGCCACCUGUCAUCAGUUUUGAAGCUCGAGAAGAAACCAGUCCCGGCUGACACUGAUAGCGACAGUGAGGAGUGUGAAGAGCCAAGCAUGCCCAGUUUCCUGAGGAAGAACAAACGAGGACUCAAUAAUUUCAAGAACAGCUUCUUCUCCGGCUGUACUCCUGUCCGUGAGGAGUCCUGAGGCUAAGGCAGGUACAUCUGCCUGAUGGCUGCGUUCUUUUAACUUUUUAUGCGUUUGUUUUGUCUUUUUUUAUGUGUAUUUUUCUUUGUACAACUUCUGUCAAAUAAAGUGUCAAAGUCUUAUUUCAGCAUAGCUCCUUUAGGUUUUGGGUAUAUGAAAUCUCUGUCAGUAUCGUUCUGAAGCAUAAUGCUUUCUAAUGCACUGCCACUGCUUUGAUUAAUUAGAAUGAUCCGAGGCGUUUAACUGUGUGGAAGUAGAAAGAAUUCUGUGAAUUCUUUAUUAUGAAUUUUAGACCUAAAAGUAGGUCGGUAGAAGAUCCUUGAAUACCCUGUAAUUGCAUUUAGGGAUGUAUCCUCUUUGUCUCUCAAAAUAAAUAAAUAAAUUUUAAACUAUGAACAGUGUGCCAACUUGA